UAUUUUUGGAACCUGUCGCAUAAAUUUAUGUUCAGCUUUAAUAUUUACCUGCAAAGCAAUGUUUCCCAACUACUGCUUCAGAAUGCCGCCCACAGACUGUGAAUACGACGUAAUGUACAUGCCAAAAAGAGACAACAAUAAAAGCGGCCAUCCAACCAUUUCCUCUGAGCUAAAAUCGAAUUCCCGAUCACGGAAUCACACAAAACUGUGCUACAAUGAUCUCAUUUCGCUGAAGGGCUUACAAGAUCACAACGAGAAUCGGCAACUAUCACACUCCCUCAAGUCCCAGUCAGGAACACCGGCACGCACUGUAGAGUUUCGCUUGUCUCCGGUCGAGCAGCAGCACCAUAGGAUGAAUACUAUGCAACUAAGGGAAAAUGGUGGCUUGGCUACAGUCAGGUCAGACCAUCGCCAGAAACAGAAUCAGCAACAAAAGCACAAGCAACAGAAAGUUUGUCCACCAAGUAAUAUGGCAUCAAGUGCCUUCGAUUCGAAUCGUGAAACCCAAGAAACCUUCGCAGACUUCUUUAACCUUAUAUAUGAGAAUGUGGAGCACAUGGUGAAGAAGCAUUAUGAGGAGAUCUUGUCCAAGAUAGAACAGCUUUCUACCAAUCUUAUGCAGCAGCAGUCACUUAUAAAGCAAAACAAUUCAGAAAUCAUGGACAAAAUCGCUGAGCAAAAAGAGGCUAGCAUCAAUCAGUUCAAGUUCACUGCUCAGAUGCUCAUCGAUACACAGACAAUUUAUUACAAAGCGCUGACUCACGAGCGCCCCUUGAAACACCAGCAUGAUUGGGACUCGGAGGAAGUUGAAGAGCAGAAAAAGACCACUAAUUCGGAACGUAUGCAACGAUCAACACAGAAUUGUAAUCAAGAGUCCGAAUCGCCACAGCAAUCAGAGAGUCAAACCCAAAAAAACAUACAGCAUCAUCUGUGUCAACAGCAGGAUCAUUACACGAAACAUCAGCAGCAGCCAAUCUGCAAGAAUUGCAAAACCCACAAAUCCUUACCAAGGCCUGAACGAUCCACACCCAGGCAAAAAAUCAUAAGGCGGUCGCGUAAGGGAGUGUCUAGUGUGAGCAUGCCAGAUCUGCAUAAUUUCUCCAUAUUAUCCACAUCGAGCACUAGUUAUAGCAACGAGGAAAAGUUGCGUUCACAUACACCCACAGUCGGAUCCCAUCGAAGGUGCCGCUGUCAGUGUCCUUCGGCAGCAUCCACACAGGGACAACUUAACUAUAUAGUGUCUUUGAGGCGAAAAACAUGUAGCCUUAGCAAGGCGAUGCCCAGCUUAGAAGACGUGGUGAGACUUUAAAUUAUACCUUACGGCAGCAUGCUAUUGCUAUUAAUUGUGUGUAGACGAAAGAAACUAUUAAAAUAAUUUAUUUUUUCACACAUAAUCGAUAGCAAUAGUUGGUUGUCACUCAAUUACAAUAUUAUAAUCCUU